UUAUUUCUCAAACCUUCCGUAUUAAAUCUCAUUCCUCAAUCUUCCAAAUUCCAAUUCAUUUCGUUUCAUUCCUCAAGAAUCGUUCUCUUCAUCUCCAAAAUCAUGGCUGAUUCAUCCUCGAAUUCCCUAUGCAAUCUGAUUCACAUUGCAUUCGCAAUCGCUUUUGCUCUGUUAAUCUCAUCUCCGAUCGGUUCUUACGGCUUUACUGCGCAAAAUGUGAUCAAUUCGCCAUUGUUGACGAAGAAGAUCGCCACAAAUCGCACGAUCAAGGUUGAUAUCAACGGAAAUGGCGAGUUCACGUCCAUUCAAGCUGCAGUCGAUGCUGUUCCGGAGGGGAAUUCGCAGUGGAUGAUCAUCCAUGUUAGGAAAGGAAUUUACAGAGAGAAGGUUCAUAUUCCGUCGAGUAAGCCGUACAUCUUCUUGAGAGGAAACGGAAAAGGAAGGACGCACAUGGUUUGGUCACAGAGCUCUAAUGAUAACAUUGAAUCUGCUACUUUUAAAGUCGAAGCCAAACAUUUCAUUGCUUUUGGAAUUAGCUUCAAGAAUGAGGCUCCGACUGGAGUGGCUUACACAUCGCAAAAUCAGUCGGUAGCGGCAUUCAUUGCCGCAGAUAAAGUCGCAUUUUACCAUUGUGGAUUCUACAGCACUCACAAUACGCUGUUCGAUUACAAAGGCAGACAUUAUUAUGACGGUUGCUACAUUCAAGGCUCAAUUGAUUUUAUCUUUGGCCGCGGCAAAUCCGUCUUCCACAAUUGUGAGAUGUUUGUGAUUGAUGACAAGAGAUUGACGGUCCGUGGUUCAGUCACAGCUCAAAACAGAAAAAGUGCAGAUGAGAACAGCGGGUUUGUUUUCAUCAGAGGAAAGGUUUACGGAAUUGGCGGUGUGUAUUUGGGGAGAGCAAAAGGUGCAUUUUCCAGAGUCGUCUUUGCCAAGACUUACUUCUCCAUGACUGUUCUUCCUGCUGGUUGGACCAAUUGGAGCUAUUCUGGUGGCACAGAGAAUCUGUAUCAUUCAGAAUAUGAUUGCCAUGGACCAGGAGCAGAAAAAGGGAACCGAGCACCAUGGGCCAAACAGCUAACUGACAAGGAAGCUGACCAGUAUAUGGACAUCAGCUUUAUUGAAGGGGCUGAUUGGCUUCCUGCGUGGCUAUAAGCAAAAAACAGAAAAAAAAAAAAAAAAAAAAAGGCUAAGCUAAUUCACUCCUCUCGCAAGUCCUUCUCCCCUUUAUUUUUAUAAAUUUACGGUCUAUUCGGGUUCUUUUUGCAAGCUAUUUCGCAAAGAUUUCGCAAAGAUUCUUAAAACUAUUUGUUCCAAUGAGACGAAAUAUUGAAUUCAAA